UGCCAAAUAAGGCACUUUCUUUUCCGUAGGGCCCACAUCCCACUUUCUUGGUUAUGUCCCCUAGCUACUACCCUAACCCACCACCUCCUAUUUGUUUCUAUUCCUUCAAUCUUACUAAACGGUUCUAUCUUUCUCAAGUUUUUGAUUGAUUGUUAACAUUCUCAUCCUCUCCUACCAGAAGAGUCUUCAUGGCUGCUACAGGUUCGUUCAUGAACAGGUCCAUGGUGGUGGUGCUGGCUAUGUGGAUAGCAACCACCCUCUCCUUCUGUGUUGUUUCUACGUUGGCUGAGCUUCACCGUAUCAAUCAUUUGGUGAACUCCGCCGAUUCACUCAGGAUUUUGGUUAUCGGUGACUGGGGAAGGAAAGGUGACUAUAAUCAAACUCAGGUUGCCUUUCAGAUGGGAAGGAUUGGAGAAGAGCUAGACCCAGAUUUUAUAAUAUCCACUGGUGACAACUUCUAUGAGAAUGGACUGACAGGGGUAGACGACCCAGCAUUUAAGGAGUCAUUUUCCAAUAUCUACACUGCUAAAAGCUUGCAAAAGCUAUGGUACAAUGUUUUGGGCAACCACGAUUAUAGGGGUGAUGUAGAAGCUCAAUUGAGUCCAGUUCUUUCCAUGAUUGAUCACAGAUGGAUUUGCAUGAGAUCUUUUAUUGUUAAUACAGAAAUUGCAGAGAUCUUUUUCGUUGACACUACUCCUUUCGUAGACAAGUACUUCACUCAUCUAGGAGAUGAUACUUAUGACUGGAGUGGUAUAGUUCCUAAUAGGGAAGAAUAUCUAUGUAACCUUCUGAAGGAUCUGGAUUCGGCAUUGAAAGAGUCCACGUCUAAGUGGAAGAUCGCAGUUGGUCAUCACACAUUGAGAAGUGCAGGACAACAUGGUGACACCAAGGAGCUUGUCAAGGGGCUUCUCCCAAUCCUUAAGGCCAAUGAUGUUGAUCUUUACAUUAAUGGACAUGACCAUUUGGUGCAGCACAUCACUAGCCUAGACAGCAAACUGCAAUAUUUUACUAGUGGGGGAGGUUCAAAGGCAUGGAGGGGAAACUAUGAUCUGAACAAAGAGGGACUGAAAUUCUUCUAUGAUGGACAAGGAUUCAUGACUGUAGAGAUGACCGAAACCGACGCCGAUCUUAUCUUCUAUGAUGUUUUUGGCAAGGUUUUGUACAAAUGGAGUAUCUCCAAGCAGGCCUACACAGCCAUAUAGAGGUCUCAUUACUUGGUGGUUCUAUUAUAGACAAUGGAGAUCUGUAAGGUAUUGAAGGGAGAGGUAACCCAAAGGAAGAGAGACGAACAAGUUCAAGAACUAUAUAUGUAUAUAUAUAUAUAUAUAUAUAAUCAUAUGAUCAGGAAUGGAGUGUGUCCAAGGAGGUCUACACAGCCAUAUAGAGGGCUCAGUACUUUACUUGGUGGUUCUAAUAUAGACAAUGGAGAUCUAUAAGAUAUUGAAAGGAGAGGUAACCCAAAGUUAAAAGAGACAAACAAGUUCAAGAACUAUUUAUGUAUGUAAUCAUAUGAUCAAUAAAAAUACAAGGAUUAUGUGGUUAGUAAA